GCAAAUAUAAAUGUGAGCUCCGACGGCGACAUCUGCCGUACCUCCUCUUCGUUAGGUUUAGCCAGUGAAACACGAUGCCCUACGUCACGUCGGAGGCGCAGGCCCGCGCCCUCCUGCAGGUCGGCGGGUGGCCCGUCGGAACUCUGGUCCAUGUCGUCAUCGUCGACGCCGCCUGCCGUGCCCGCCGUCUCGACCACACGCUGCGGGCGAUGGUGGCGCGCAGGGGGUGGGUCGUGGUCAACCGCCACGCCGUGCUUCGAGUCAUCCGCGUCAGCGACCUGGUCCACAACAUCCUCGACAUCACCCUCCCCCGCCUCCUCGACGACGCCUACGACGCCACGCAGCUCACUCACUUCCGGAGGCAGGCGGCGGCUCUUCGUACGAUGGCGGGUGUGAUCGGAGGGAACUUCCGCAACCGCGCCUACGUCGUCGUCCGCAAGAUUCGCUUCGUCGCCAGCAGCGCCCGCAACCACUCCAUGGCGGCGGCGAGGCUCCAGCAGCGUCUGCUCGACAUCAGGCGUCGCCUCAGUGGUCUCGUCGAAGCACCUGUUCACCUUUGAGCGUUUUUAGGGUGAAUGUUUUGUCCGGUAGCAGUGUGGUUUCACCUUCGACUCAUGUGCAGUAGUUUUGUUUGAUGAUAGGCCUGAGUUUCAUCUAAUGGUUGCAUAGGCGGAGCACAUUCUCACCUUAGGAGGAGUAUAUAGGUACUAUAUGAAAUACAGAUAGAAUCCUGCAUAUAUUAGGAGUAAACAUAGAGGAGAUUCGAAUUUCGAAAUGCUAUAUGAAUUGUGGAAUGGUAUAUCGGAAAGGAUCCCGUAAUGUUCAAUUGUAAUUGCCUUAACAAUCAUGUAAGGAAUGGAUAUGAUUUGAACAGAAAUCGAGUUAAUAUGACACGAUGCAUUUAUUUCUCGUUU